AUGUCGACCCCGCGAGUCCUCAGGCAGAGCCUCCAAAGGCUCGCACAGCAUGCCCGGUGCUACAGCAAGACCACCACCUCCUCCUCCGCCCCUCUCCGAACACACCAGAAGCAGCAGCCGCGUCUGCCUACUGCGUGGUCGACUACCCAGAUCUCUGCGCGCCGUUCGCUUUCCACUUCUUCCGCUCUCCAGCACGGCCAUGUCGAUCCUCCCAAGCCUGGUGAAGAACUCUACGUAACAUUCAUAGACAAAGACAACCACACGCACAAGCUCGCCGUGUCCGCAGGCGACAACCUGCUCGACAUCGCGCAAGCGCAUGACCUGGAGAUGGAAGGAGCCUGCGGCGGCUCCUGCGCCUGCUCGACCUGCCACGUGAUCGUGCAGGACCAGGACAUGUACGACCGGAUGCCGGAGCCGGACGAUGACGAGAACGACAUGUUGGACUUGGCCUUUGGUCUGACCGAGACCAGCAGGUUGGGGUGCCAGGUGCAUAUGACUAAGGAGCUCGAUGGACUGGUGGUCAAAUUGCCGAGUAUGACGAGGAAUUUGCAGGCUAGUGAUUUUAAGUCUUAG